GUCAGCUGACCCACUUGUCGCCAUGGCGGGCGGCUGGGGGCUGCGCUGGGCCGUGGCCGCACUGUGCUUGGGCUGCGCCGCGGGCCGGGAGGAAGGGGCCGGGACUCCCCCGACCAGCGGGGCCCCCCCGGAGCCCGGCCCCGCCCCCACGCGGGUGCUGGGCUUCCGGCUGGAGGAGGGGGCCUGGGCCCGCGGGGGCCUGAUCCGGGCCGCCCCGGGGGCCAACUUCUGCCUGUGCCUCUACGGCACCGGCCUCAGCAACCGCAGCUGGCCCUGGGUGGCCUUCGCGCCCGAGGGGGGGCCCUGCCCGGCCCGGGGGGGGGCCCCCUCCGCCCCCCCGCCCGCCGGCGCGCUGCAGGUGCUGCCGGACGCGCGUCCCCGGGGCGAGCACGCGGUGCUGGUGCGCGUGGCCGUGUCCCACGCCGGACCCCGCGGCAGGUACCAGCUCUGCAGUCGCCUGGGGCCCGGGCAGCCCUGGGGCCCGGCCGCCCCGGGCGAUGCAGUUCUUGUGGACGAGGAUGAGGGCGGGGGCGGGCGCGCUGCGGCCGUGGCCCUGCAGCCCCCCUUGGCCCCCUGGCUGCUGGGCACGCUGGUGGCCCUGCUGCUGGCCCUGUCCUCCCUGCUGCGGGUCCUGCAGCUCAGCACCCUGUGGCUGGACCCCGUGGAGCUGUACGUGCUUCGGGACUGCGGCUCGGAGGCGGAGCGCAAGGCCUGCAAAGCCCUGGAGCUGGUGAGGCAGCGGGGCACCUUUGCCCUCUGCUCCCUGCUGCUGCUGAGCUCGCUGGCCAACGCUGCCCUGGCCGUGCUGUUCUACUGGGCCGUGCGCAUGGUGGCACCUGCUGUCCUGGCCGUGGCCGGCUUGGUCUUCCUGCUGGCUGAGGUGCUGCCCUUCGCCGUCAGCUCGCGCUGGGGGCUGGCGCUGGCUCCCCGCGGGCUCUGGCUGACCCAGCUCUGUAUGCUACUCACCUUUCCCAUCUCGCUGCCGCUCAGCAAGCUGCUGGAGCUGGCCCUGCAGCACGACGCCAGCACCUGCCUCCUGCGGGAGAAGAUCGUGGACAUGGUGCGCAACAGUGACCCGUACAACGAGUUUGUGCGUGAGGAGUUCAGCAAGGGCGCCCUGCGCAACAAGACGGUGGAGGACGUGCUGACGCCGCUGGACAAGUGCUUCAUGCUCAACGCCAAUGCCGUGCUGGACUUCAAGAGCAUGUCCAUGAUCAUGCAGAGCGGCUACACCCGCAUCCCCGUCUACGAGGAGGAGCGCACCAACCUGGUGGACAUGCUCUAUGUCAAAGACCUGGCGCUGGUGGACCCGGACGACUGCGUGCCGCUCAGCACCAUCAGCAAGUUCUACAACCACCCCCUGCACUUCGUCUUCAACGACACCAAGCUGGACGCCGUCCUGGAGGAGUUUAAAAGAGGGGUGGAAGUGGAGAUCGGGAAGGAGGGGCUGAAAUUCGAGAAUGGAGCGUUCACAUACUACGGUGUCUCGGCGCUGAUGGCGCCUUCCUCAGUUCACCAAUCGCCAGUGUCCACCCUGCGGCCGAACCGGCGUGAGCAACCACUGGACUGCAACGAGGGCACCUCCUAUUCCAUGUACUGCCCCGACUACACCGUCCGGGCGCUCACCGACCUGCAGUUCAUCAAGGUGACCCGGCUGCAGUACCUCAACGCCCUCAUGGCCUCCAGGAUACAGCCGUCCCCCCAGUCACCUGACAGCCUGGAGCUGAAGAUCGUCCCCAACAGCCAGACGAAGCUCCUGGACGACAGGAACGCCAUGCCAGGAAAAAGCAGCCAGCCCCUUGGGGAAGAGGAGCACACGGGCAUCUAAUCCCUCCCCCCGCAAGACCUGCUGACGGCAGCGUGAGAGCUGGCGCCAUCCUCAGGGCUGUUCUAGCCGCCUCUUGGCUGGGAGUCGGGCCCUGGGGACUUGCCUGACAGCAGCAGAAAUCUCAUGGGGUGGGAUGCCCCAGACGCCCUCCGCGUGCGCACGCACACACACACACCGUGCUGCCUGAAGGGGCUGCCCCAAAGGAUGCCAGCCACUUGGACUCUGCUCCAGAGGAUCUUGCUGCAUCAGGACCAACUGCCAGGGCAGCCAGAGCUGGAUUCCAGUCCCUGGGAGAAUGACCCGAUCCCCCCUCGGUGGCCGGAGCCCCGGGCAGCAGCAGCACCUGUGCCGACAAACCUCCAGGGCGCAGCGCUCAGAUCGAACCAGACCCGCUGGCUGCUGGGGGCACCUGGCGAGCUGGGUGGGGGCUGGUUCCUCCAUAGGGUGCCCUCUGUGUGUGCCUGGACUAGGCUUUCCUCUCUGUGGCGUGUUCUCUGCCAGGCUGCCCUGGGCUGUCCCUCCUCUGCCAGUGUCAGCCUGGGCCAUUCCUCUGAGCCCGCCAAGCCAGCUCUGCUCCAGGAGCCAUGCUGGGAUGCCUCGGCCUGCCCCAGGGCAGAGCUGUAUGGCCAGUUACCUGUCUAGGCUUCCCUUCCCGUGAGGCGCUGGGUGUCACCCCAUCCCUGCCCUCCUAAGCCAGGGCCCUUCCAGCGGCUGCCAGCAGAGAGCCCACAUGGGAGGCUAGGCUCUGCCCCUGCACCCCUGGCUGUCUCUUCCCGAGGCACUGGGGGUGCUGCCCUUGCCCCAGGCUCUGCAACCUGAGCCAGUCUUCACAAGUGGGCCGGGUGGGGCUGGCCGUCAGUCAGUGGGGUUGAUUGCUGAGGUGCACAGUCCUUGCAGCCCUGUCCUCCCCUCCCCCCGAGGAUGAGAGAUCACAGGAGCCCCAGGCACGCGGUGCCGCGAUUGCAGACUGCGUUGAGCAGUCUAAUGGACGGAGAUUCCCCACCCCUUGGACAUGUUGCGUGGCCACAGGCCCCGGAAAGCUCACGGCUGCUAGAGGGCUAAAAGUCUGACAUGGACACAGGACCACUGGGCUGAACACCUGCCUUGUUUGCUCUUCUCUACUCCCCGUGUUUUCAAGGCGCCAGGCGCUGGGUGGGAAAGCAGCGCCUGGCCCCAGAACAGCAGAGCCUGGCGAAAAGCCGGGGGCGUGCAGGUAAAGGAGUUGUAAUCUG